UUGGCGCACUUCUUGGACGAGCAUUGUCUCGCAGUGAAUCUGCUCAGCGAAGAAGACGUCGUCUCUCCUCCUCGGCCGCAAUUUUGGGUUCAUCCCCCGCCUUGGGAGAGCAACCGAGUCCUUGCUACCGGGGAGGGAGCACGAAAAGACCCACGAUAUUUGUCGCAACGACGGGCCAUUGACCUUGCUGCUUUAGGGCUGAGACGGUCCAGGAAAAUGUCGGCUUGGCCGAAAUCCUCCAACGCUUCCCGCCGGCAGCAGGCCAACUCAAACGGCAGUGCACAGACGCUGAGGUUGUUCCGUAGAAGUGCGCCAUAUACUAGCAGGGAAGAGAGGAGCGAAGAUCUCAAGGAUGCCCUGGACAGUUACAAAGAGCUAGAGCAAAACUACAGUGGGAAUGUCAAGUAUGAUGGCGCAAAGCAUCAAUCCAAUGCCAAGCCAGAGGCCGCUCUAGCAGACAGGCGGAAAACCUUGUAUCAGAAGUUCUACAGGCAAGUGCAGGAGGAUCAGACAGUGGCUGACUGUGUGAUCAUUUCCAUGACCAACCAGUGCUUGGAUUACCCCAAAUCGCUAAACCAGUGCUUGCAGGAGAGUGGCCUGUCAGUGGAAAUGCUCUACCUGCAGGCGGAGUCAGGCCUGACCCAAGCUCUGCAGGAUGUCCGAGGUGUUGGCUCCCCGUUAUGUAUUCUGGUGGAGCAGAAAAACAUAGCUCUGUCAUCUUGCACUGUUAUCAUUUUCUCAGAGUCCCUCAAAAUCCACCGCAACAUGCCCAAAGACCAGGCCAUGGACUUUGUUGUAGCAGAGUACAGGCGUGGAGUCAGUAAAGAAAGUAUGCAAAAGGACCCUGCAGAUAUUGCAUCACAGGCGUCGCAGUUGCUUGGGGAAUUUCUAGAUCGGGAAAAGAUUGAGCGACACCUUGUUCCCUCUGAAAUCCGUCAGUCCCUCCAGCUGUUGUCUGAAGGCGUGCACAUUUACCCGGAGGAGCUGGAAGCCAUCUCGACAUACAUCCACUCUCGUCAGGAACACUUCAGAGUGAGCAACAGUGUGGAACAGAAGGGCAAAAUGGUACCUCCGAGACUGGGAAAGCCACCUCCCCUUCUCCCGACACCACAUGGACCGCCUCAGUGUGCAAGUGAAGCAGGGCGCCCAUUGCUGGACCGGUCUCCGCCAACCCUGAAGCCGCUCUUACCUUCACCAGGUUCCUUUCCGAAAACCAAACCUCCCCCUCUCCUCUCCUUGCCACCAUCCUUGCACAACUCCUAUGGUAGCCCCAGUUUGCUUGGUUGCCCUCAAAUACAUCACCUUCCGCUACGUGACCAGGGCCCAAGAGGGUCCCAUGGCAUGAAAGGUGCUCCACCAUCCCUCAAAAGUUCUCGCCCUCCACUUUUAUCUACUCCAGGUGUCCCUCGUUUGAGUGGUCCCAGGCACUAAGCGUGCUGCAUCUACCAACAACUCAACAGUUAAGGGACUGGUUUUUAUGGGCCUUUAGGAUUAAAUUUUUAAAAUGCCAGUUAAAUUGUGAAAAAUUAACAACGGUUUGGUAUGUUUUGGGUCUAUAAAGUUAUUUGCUUUGAUCGUGGUGUUUUAUUAUACUUUUCAAAAGUAUAGUCAUCUGCAUCCAGUUCACCUUUUAAGUUUGACACAAUGUGAAUAUGUUAAUAAAAAGGUCAAAUUGGUGAUUAUUUUUAUGCUA